UCUUCCCUUAUCUACUUCUAUUCGUUAAACACUACUACGAGCUUCUGCUUUCGACGACUGCUCGGAUCCUUCUCAGCAGAGGGAACCAUGAAUCCUUCACUCGUCACCGCCAUUAACGCUCCAAUUUCACCUUCUCCUCUUCUUUCUCACUUGCUACCUUCUUACUCGCCGUCGUUAUCGACUUUCGUUCCCUCGUAGCUCAGCUGCUUCCUCCGACCAAUUAUCAGCGAAGAAUCUCGGUAUCCAUGGGAAUAAGAAGGAGCUCACUGGAUUGUGGAGAAAAUGACGCCGCCGAUUGGCCGCAGGAUUUUUAGGCAAAGGCUUGAGACUGGGGAACGUGAAGGUGAUGCAGAACAGCGUCGGGCAUUUAUGAGGCUUGUAUAUGUUUCAGCUCUUGUGUUUGGAGAUGCUUCAUCCUUCCUUUUGCCUUGGAAGCGAGUAUUGAAGGUCACAGAUGCCCAGGUUGAGAUUGCUAUUCGUGAAAAUGCAAAGCAGCUGUAUGCCCAACGGUUAAAAAUUAAAAUUAGUUGGUAGAGAUAUUAACGUAGAAAACCUUGUGGACCUAAAGCACAACUAUCAUUCAAGCUCUCUGAUGAGCUUGCUGAAGACCUGUUUAGAGAGCAUACUAGAAAAGUAGUCGUAGAGAACAUUUCAUCGGCACUCAGCAUACUAAAAUCCCGCACACUAGCAGCGUAAAUCAUUUUAACAUAUUGCUUACUGAAUCAUGCAUAGAAAAGUCGUAUAGAAUAAUCAUAAUCCAUGUGAAUUAGUUUGGUUUACACAUUCAACUUUUUUUUAUCUCUUGUACCAAUUAGUUAUGACUUCAGCUGUAGGCUUGGGUGGGUAUACGUAUUCCUUUGCUUGAACAUUGAGUUUGGUCGGGUUGAAAAAGAGAUUGAAGUUUUGGCUUUAGUUUUGAGUUUUGGUUAUUGCAAAAACUGAUUGGUCAUAUGAUCCUCUUUUGCUUUUGUGAAGUGUCUUUUAGUUUUAAAUAGUUUUAGGCUGUGAAGUGAAGUCAUGAGAUUUUAAUUUUUAGGCGUUUUUGUAUAUUGUGAUCAUUAAUAGUGGAAACAAAUUGGAUCAUCUAGUAUGUCUAGUAUUUUUUUUUUUUUUCAUCAGUAUGUCUAGUUUAUAGUAGUUUACAAUGCAUGUCAUUUUAAUAACCUGAUUUUUUCCAAAAAGAGUUUGGCAUCUGUCGUGGAAGAGCUUGAAAAGGUACUGGAGUUUAACAACCUGCUGGUUUCCUUGAAAAGUCAUUCAGAGGCAGAUCAAUUUGCAUGCGGGGUUGGCCCUAUUUUUUUUGAUAAGUGAUGAGUCUGAUUUUGAGAGGAGAAUGGAUGAUUUAAAGCUCCUUUAUAGAGCAUAUGUCACAGAUGCUUUAUCUGGUGGGCGCAUAGCAGAAAACAAGCUCGUGGCAAUGAGCCAGCUUAGAAACAUACUCGGACUGGGAAAACGAGAGGCUGAAGCUAUUAGUGUUGAUGUUACGUCCAAGGCAUACCGUAAAAGACUUGCUAACGCUGUUUCUAAUGGUGACCUUGAAGCACAAGACAGUAAAGCAAAAUACCUUCAAAAGCUCUGCGAAGAGCUGCACUUUGAUGCACAGAUGGCAGGCGCAAUCCAUGAAGAAAUCUAUCGGCAGAAGCUUCAACAGUGUGUUAUUGAUGGAGAGCUGAGCGAUGAUAAUGUUGCUGCUUUAUUAAGGUUAAGAGUCAUGCUCUGUAUUCCCCAGCAAACUGUUGAGACAGCUCAUGCAGAAAUCUGUGGAACCAUAUUUGAAAAGGUUGUCAGGGAGGCAAUUUCUUCUGGAGUGGAUGGUUAUGAUGCUGAAACUCGCAAAUCAGUAAGAAAGGCUGCACAUGGUCUUCGGUUAUCCAGAGAGACUGCCAUGUGUAUUGCUAGCAAGGCUGUCCGUAUGGUUUUCACAAACUAUAUCAGACGAGCAAGAGCAGCAGAGAACCGCACUGAGUCAGCAAAGGAGCUCAAGAAGAUGAUUGCUUUCAACACGUUAGUUGUGACUGAAAUGGUGACUGACAUUAAGGGAGAAUCUUCUGAUAAGGCACCUGAGGAGGACCCUGCUGAAAUGGUGGCUAAAGAGCCCGAGGACUGGGACGAGGAAGAAAACGGUCUCUGGGAACCUCCAAAGAUCCCAAAUCCUGCGUUCAAAGGUCCUUGGAAAGCAAAGAAUCAAGAACCCGAACUACAAGGGAAAAUGGAAGAACCCAUGGAUAGAUAAUCCAGAAUUUGAGGAUGAUCCAGAUCUUUACGUUCUGAAGCCGAUAAAAUAUGCAGGCAUUGAAGUAUGGCAGGUGAAGGCUGGCUCUA